AGGCGGCUAGAAAGUGACCUGCUCGCCUUCCGUGCAAGCAUUUUGCUCCAGAGGCUGACAACUGAUGGAACAUUCUACUAGGAAGAAUAAAACGGUUCUUACAAGGUAGUUUGCUCUGAUUGGAACAGGAUCCAUACAAGAAAGCUCUCAACCAACAGUGACUGGGAACACUUGAGAACUUCUGAAUGAUUGAUUGAGGCCUUGAAAGGAAAACAUUACGACUUUACAUUUCACAGUCAGUUCUGUUAAUCAACUAUGGAAACAGAGAAGGAGCGUGUUUAUGUUACCCCAACAGAACUUGAGAAUCUAAGUGAUGCUCCAUUUUCCGGUGAUGAAGAAAAUGGUGGGUCUGAGGAACGAAAAACUGAAAUCAAUGGAAAUUGGAUUCCUGCAACUUCCAUUACUGAAGCCAAAAUAAAUGCUAAAGCAAAGAGGCGGUUGAGGAAAAAUUCUUCUAGAGAUUCUGGGAGAGGAGACUCUGUUAGUGAAAAUGGAGAGACACUGAAGAUUGGAGUUGUUGUACCAACGAGCCCAAAAGGGAAACUCCUGGACAGGCGAUCCCGAUCUGGAAAGGGAAGGGGUCUACCAAAGAAAGGUGGAGCAGGUGGUAAAGGAGUUUGGGGAACACCAGGUCAAGUGUAUGAUGUGGAAGAAGUAGAUAUUAAAGAUCCUAAUUAUGAUGAUGACCAGGAGAACUGUGUCUAUGAAACAGUAGUUUUACCUCUGGAUGAAAGAGCAUUUGAAAAAACUUUAACACCAAUCAUACAGGAAUAUUUUGAACAUGGAGAUACUAACGAAGUUUCGGAGAUGCUGAAGGACUUAAACCUUGGCGAAAUGAAAUACAGUGUGCCAGUGCUGGCUGUUUCCUUGGCAUUAGAGGGGAAGGCUAGUCACAGGGAAAUGACAUCUAAGCUUAUCUCUGACCUUUGUGGAACAGUAGUAAGCAAAACUGAUGUGGAAAAAUCAUUUGAUAGACUGCUUAAAGAACUACCUGAAUUGGUGUUGGAUUCUCCCAAGGCACCACAGUUGGUGGGCCAGUUUAUUGCUAGAGCUGUUGGAGAUGGUAUUCUAAGCAAUACCUACAUAGAUGGCUACAAAGGCACUGUGGAUUGCAUCCAAGCUCGAGCUGCGCUGGACCGAGCUACUGUGUUGCUGAGCAUGACAAAGGGUGGAAAGCGUAUAGACAAUGUGUGGGGGUCAGGAGGUGGCCAGCAGUCUGUGAAACACCUUGUUAAAGAGAUUGAUAUGCUGCUGAAAGAAUAUUUGCUUUCCGGAGAUGUACUGGAAGCUGAACGUUGCCUUCAGGAACUGGAAGUACCCCAUUUUCACCAUGAACUUGUGUAUGAAGCUGUUGUGAUGGUUUUGGAGUCAACUGGAGAAAAGACCUUUAAAAUGAUACUGGAUUUGUUGAAAUCCCUCUGGAGGUCUUCUGUCAUUACUAUGGACCAAAUGAAAAGAGGCUAUGAACGAGUUUACCGUGAAAUCCCAGACAUUAACCUGGAUGUGCCACACUCCUAUUCUGUGCUUGAGCGGUUUGUAGAAGAAUGCUUUCAGGCUGGAAUAAUCUCCAAACCACUGAGAGACCUCUGUCCUUCAAGGGGCAGAAAGCGUUUUGUGAGUGAAGGAGAUGGAGGUCGUCUGAAGCUAGAAAGCUACUGAAUGUGAGAACCAACUCCUGAAGCCUUAAAAGUUGAAAGGGAAAGUAGAUAUCUAUAUAUAUACAAACACGCAUGCUUUUUUGUGUGUGUAUGUAUAUAUGUAUACACAUAUAUAAUAUACCAAAAUUUUAAGAGUUGCCUAGCACAGUUCAUAUUUUUUUAAAAGCACAUGUUUUGGGUACAAAUCGUUUUUUUUAAAUAGUUUUAUAAAUUUCAGAAAGAAAACUUCUUUCUUUGGGCAUAUAGUAGAACAACUGGCCACUCUGCUCUGGGGGUGCCUUCAAAUAAGCUACCUUUUAAAGUGCCAUAUGUUUAUGACCUAAUCAUUCCAUGUUUGCAUCGAUGUCUGACUGCCACUCUUUCUUUCAAGGACAGUGUUGUCAUCGUAAAAUCACUGGUUUACAC